AUGUAAAGCAACGAAGAAAUAAGUGCUCUAAUUCAAGGCCUUAAGGACGAUUACAAUAAUAAUACAGACAUAAGUUAGAUAAAAUAGAAAAUUACUCAAAUUAAUUAACUUUUAGCUGAGCUUGAAUAAGAUCAUUAUGAUAAUUAUGAAUACUUAAAGUAUUAAUAAUCUGAAAUAUGUGUACUCAUCUUUGAGCGCUAAAAUGAUUAAAGGAGUGUGUCUUAAUAUCUAAAGAAGAAAAGUGAUCAUUUAAGUGGUUACUAAUAUUAUUAAAAUCUUAAAGAUAAGAUGAAACGUAAUUCUCAGUAAACUUAAGGUUACGAAAAAUUAGAAAUGUCGAAUAGUUAAACCUGUUUAGAUGAUACUUAACCUUUUUUUAAAUAAAGCAAUACUGAAAUGUUAAAAGGAGAAGAUUAAGUAGUUAAUGAGAACUUAUUAUUAGCUUUUGAGAUUGAUUUAAGCUCUAAUAAUUUAAUAGAUUAGAGUUAAAAUGAAUAAGAAAAAGAUAAGUAAGGAAUUACAGCUCUUAUAAAACUAUAAAAUAAAUAAGCAGAAACUCAUGAAUUAGGUAUUUUGGCGAAUGGUGUAGGCAGAAUUGGUAUAAAAGGAACUGUUGCUGCAUUAAAUAUCGCAAAAAGUGUAAGUUGUUGGAGUGCUAUAGUAGUAACUACAGGAGUGGCUGCUGUUGAAGCUGUUGUCCUACUUAAAAAAUAUUAUAAAUUAAAAAAAGAAUGUAAAGAUGACGGAUAAAGAUAAAUAGCAAAGGAAAUCCUUAUUAAAUAACUAAAAGCUUUAGGUAUCAAAACAUUCUCUACUUUUGGAAUAACUACAGGGUGUAUAAUAGGAGGAUCAAUUGUUGGGUCAUGCGUACCUGGAAUUGGAACUUUUGUAGGGUCUCUUUUAGGAGCAAUUGUAGGAACUAUUUUAAGUUUUGUCUCUGAUUCAUUUUUGUAAAAUUAUAUUCUAAGUGAGAAAAAGCUUAUUGAAGAAUGUGAAAAUGAUCUUGGACUUGGAAGAUAUUAUAAAAUUAAUAAAAAAAAAUAUACAAAGGAGGAAUUCUAAUAAGCUUGUAAACUCAAAUUGUUAAGUUUACAUCCUGAUAGAAGUGUAAACUUUAAGGACUUAUAGACUCUAUAAAGAUAUGAAUUAUAAAAAGUUUAAUUUGCAAAAGAAAUGAUAAAAUAACACAAUUAAUGGAAUUGA